AUGGAGGCGCAAGUGGACAGGCUCGUUCAAAAGACAUGGACAAAGUUUCAGUCUACGCCUGCAACAUCCCGGCUCAUGAUUGCCAUCAGUGGUAUCCCUGGAUCCGGUAAAACGUCAUUGGCAGGAAUCAUGGCGCAGAGAAUCAACGAGCUCUACGCGCGGCAAUCUCCAGACGCACCACCUGCUGCCAUUUUUGUCCCCAUGGAUGGAUACCAUCUGACAAGGGCACAGCUUGCAGCAAUGCCCGACCCGGCGUUCGCGGCUGCGCGACGAGGGGCUGCAUUCACAUUUGACCCGGAGAAAUUCCUGCGGUUAGUGAGGAGAUUACGAGAGCCGUUGCUGGACACCGUCUCAACGCCGACUAUUUAUGCGCCGAGCUUUGAUCAUGCGGUCAAGGACCCAGUCGAGGACGAUAUACCCAUCCCGGCGACGUCCCGGGUGAUUUUCUUCGAAGGGAACUAUCUGAGUCUGGACAAGGAGCCCUGGAACACGGCGGCACGGCUUAUGGAUGAGCUCUGGUUUGUCGAGGUUGAUUUUGAGACGGCACGCCGCCGUUUGAUCAAGCGGCAUGUUGAGGCGGGCAUUGCAAAGGACGCGGACGAAGCCGAUAAGCGCGCGAGGGAGAAUGAUUUGGUCAAUGGCAGGGAGAUUGUCGAGAAUCGGAUGCCCGUGCAAGAGAUUAUUUGCUAUUUGAUAGACUUAUACUACUCAGAUCACCACACGUACAAUACCGUCGACAUGUAUGUCUUUAAGAGAGAUGGCCGCAAGGAACGCGUGCAAUUCGAUAAGAUCACAGCUCGUGUGUCAAGACUGUGUUACGGACUCGAUCCCGACCAUGUCGAUGCCGCUGCCAUCACCCAAAAGGUCAUCUCUGGUGUCUACCAGGGUGUCACGACCGUGGAGCUAGACAACCUGGCUGCCGAAACUGCCGCGUACAUGACGGUCACACACCCCGACUACGCCGUCCUUGCCGCUCGUAUUGCCGUUUCCAACCUCCACAAGCAGACGAAAAAGCAAUUCUCGGCUGUGAUCGAGGACCUGUACCACUACGUCAACCCCAAGAACAACAAGCCGGCUCCCAUGAUCUCAAAAGAUAUAUAUGAAAUCGUGAUGAAGCACGCAGAAGAGUUCAACUCGACCAUCGUCUACGACCGUGAUUUCAACUACCAAUACUUUGGUUUCAAGACUCUUGAGCGCUCAUACCUGCUCCGCAUCAACGGCAAGGUUGCCGAGCGUCCUCAGCACAUGAUUAUGCGUGUGGCUGUCGGCAUUCACGGUGAUAACAUUGAGAAAGUGACAGAGACUUACAACCUCAUGUCUCAGAAAUACUUUACUCAUGCCUCGCCCACUUUGUUCAAUGCUGGUACCCCCCAGCCCCAGCUCGCAUCUUGCUUCCUUGUAGACAUGAAGGACGACAGUAUCGAUGGUAUCUACGAUACCCUGAAGACCUGUGCUAUGAUCUCCAAGACUGCAGGCGGUAUUGGUCUGAACGUCCACCGCAUCCGUUCCACUGGUUCCUACAUUGGUGGAACUAACGGUACCUCCAACGGCCUUGUUCCUAUGCUCCGCGUGUUCAACAACACUGCCAGGUACGUCGACCAAGGAGGUAACAAGCGCCCUGGUGCCUUUGCCAUCUACCUCGAGCCAUGGCACUCGGACGUUUUUGAAUUCUUGGACCUCCGCAAGAACCACGGCAAGGAAGAGGUUCGUGCUCGUGAUCUCUUCUACGCGCUGUGGACCCCCGAUCUCUUCAUGCGCCGUGUGGAGGCCAACCAAGACUGGACCUUGUUCUGCCCCAACGAAGCCCCUGAUCUGGCCGAUGUGUAUGGCGAAGAGUUUGAUGCUCUUUACGAAAAAUACGAGAGAGAGGGCCGCGGUCGUCGCACCGUCAAAGCCCAGAAGCUUUGGUACGCGAUCCUUGAGGCUCAGACCGAGACUGGAAACCCUUUCAUGCUGUACAAGGAUGCUUGCAACAAGAAGAGCAACCAGAAGAACCUCGGAACCAUUCGCAGCUCUAACCUUUGCACUGAGAUUAUUGAAUACUGUGCUCCCGACGAGGUUGCUGUGUGCAACUUGGCAUCUCUUGCUCUUCCCACAUUUGUCGAUGCCAGCCGUGGCGAGUAUGACUUUGGCAAACUGCACGAAGUUGUUCAGGUUCUUGUUCGCAACCUGAACAAGAUCAUCGAUAUCAACCACUACCCCGUGCCAGAGGCCAAGAAGAGUAACAUGCGCCACCGCCCUAUUGCUGUCGGUGUCAAUGGUCUGGCGGAUGCUUUCCUUGCUCUGCGUCUUCCUUUCGACUCGCCAGAGGCCAAACAUCUCAACAUCCAGAUCUUUGAAACGAUCUAUCACGGUGCUUUGACCGCAUCUAUUGAGCUUUCCAAGAAACACGGCACAUACGAGACGUACGAAGGAUCACCCGUCUCUCAGGGUAUUUUGCAGUAUGACAUGUGGGAUCGUACUCCCACUGAUCUCUGGGAUUGGGACUCGUUGAAGGCCGAAAUUGCGCAGCACGGUGUCCGUAACAGUCUUCUUGUUGCUCCUAUGCCUACUGCCAGCACCAGUCAGAUCCUGGGCUUCAACGAGUGUUUCGAGCCUUACACCUCGAACAUUUACUCUCGCCGUGUCUUGGCCGGAGAGUUCCAAGUUGUCAACCCAUGGCUUUUGAAGGAUCUCGUCGACCUUGGACUGUGGUCUGACAACAUGAAGAACCGUAUCAUCGCCGAUGGCGGCUCGAUCCAGAACGUCCCCAACAUCCCCGCAGACAUUAAGGCACUUUACAAGACCGUGUGGGAAAUCUCGCAGCGCAACAUUCUCCAGAUGGCCGCUGAUCGCGGAGCCUACAUUGACCAGUCGCAGUCACUCAACAUUCACAUGAAGGAGCCGACCAUGGGUAAGAUCACCAGUAUGCACUUUGCGGGCUGGAAGAUGGGUCUCAAGACGGGCAUGUACUAUUUGCGUACCAUGGCAGCCUCUGCGCCUAUUCAGUUUACCGUUGAUCAGGAGCAGCUCAAGGUUGCUGACACCAACGUGGCGCGGGCUAAUGGCUCGCUCAAGAAGCGCGCACAGGGCUCUGGCUUGGGCAACUCAUACUCUGCGGUUCCUCGUCCUAUGUAUGAUCAGAAGCAUGCAUCCCCCCUUGCCAAUGGCAAUGGGAUCCCUGAGCCGGUCCAGCCGGUUUCUGUUCCUCACAGCAACGGCGUCGCUCCCAAGGCUGAAGAAGCAGAGGAGUCUGGCCCUGAGGAGAUUACGGAGGGAAACGGCGAGUCUGAGCAAGACAUUUACGCGCAAAAGGUGCUCCAGUGCAGCAUUGAAAACAAGGAGGAGUGUGUGAUGUGCAGCGGCUAA